UUUUUCUAAUAUGGAUUUGAAGUACCACAAUAAAGAUGUUGUGCUAGAGAUCAAGGGAUCGGACGCGCUCUUUCUCAACACCUCCAUUUUGGACGUGUUGAAGUCUUUGAAGGAAUUGUCCGAGCCAGCCGGAGAUGCAAAUUCUGGCCGUGUCCCCAAGAGACGGAGGGAAGAAGAAGAAGAGCCUAAGACACCCGAAAAAAAAGGACGGAAACUAAGUUUCGACGACGUGGGCUUCGAGCAAUCGAACUCAUUCGAGGAGCUGGAGGCCAGUGGCUCCAGCCAGUCACCACUCCAUCCUCACUCAUCAUUCGAGGAGCUGGAGGCCAGUGGCUCCAGCCAGUCACCACUCCAUCCUCACUCAUCAUUCGAGGAGCUGGAGGCCAGUGGCUCCAGCCAAACUACUCUCCAUCCUCACUCAUUAUUCGAGGAGCUGGAGACCAGUGGCUCCAGCCAAAAAACUCUCCAUCCUCACUCACCCUUCGAGGAGCUGGAGGCCAGUGGCUCCAGCAAGUCAACUCUCCAUGGCUCACCCGAGACAGAGACCCUCGCCCACUCGUCGCCCUUGCAGCCUCUGAGCCACAUACGAAACACCGAGGACCUAAAGGCAGGCGAGGUCUCAUGGUUCUUACAAGCCAAGACAUGGAGACUAAACGUGGAUGAGAUCCGCAAGGUCUACCGGGACAGGCUAGAGAGGGUUCAUGACUGCUUGGAGUGCGGCGUCAUUCUCCACAGCCACAAAGCCCUAGCCGAGCAUGAGAAGUUGGACGACCACGUCCAGGAAAAGGAGCGAAUCGAAAAUUUUUUUAAUUCCAAGUUAAAAUCUAUGUGUCCUAUCUGUGGAGCUAAAGCUGGAAACAAAACGAAGCUGAGGAACCACGUGAUCAGCACUUCCGGACGGAAACUAAGUUUCGACGACGUGGGCUUCGAGCAAUCGAACUCAUUCGAGGAGCUGGAGGCCAGUGGCUCCAGCCAGUCACCACUCCAUCCUCACUCAUCAUUCGAGGAGCUGGAGGCCAGUGGCUCCAGCCAAACUACUCUCCAUCCUCACUCAUUAUUCGAGGAGCUGGAGACCAGUGGCUCCAGCCAAAAAACUCUCCAUCCUCACUCACCCUUCGAGGAGCUGGAGGCCAGUGGCUCCAGCAAGUCAACUCUCCAUGGCUCACCCGAGACAGAGACCCUCGCCCACUCGUCGCCCUUGCAGCCUCUGAGCCACAUACGAAACACCGAGGACCUAAAGGCAGGCGAGGUCUCAUGGUUCCCACAAGCCAAGACAUGGAGACUAAACGUGGAUGAGAUCCGCAAGGUCUACCGGGACAGGCUAGAGAGGGUUCAUGACUGCUUGGAGUGCGGCGUCAUCCUCCACAGCCACAAAGCCCUAGCCGAGCAUGAGAAGUUGGACGACCACGUCCAGGAAAAGGAGCGAAUCGAAAAUUUUUUUAAUUCCAAGGCCUUUAUAAACCCCCAAGACGCAGAGCCGAUCGCGGAGCCGGAGACCGUUGCCGAUAUAAUGGGUCUCAUAAUGGACGAGUCCUUCCCUGACUUGUUCCAAUAAACAUAUAUAUAUAAUAUAUUCAUUA